AUGGCAUGUCGGCAUGGCAACACCUGACGUCUGUCCGUCUAAAAACAGACCGAGGUCUCCGAGUGCAGCCGGCCUCCAACGCGCUGCUUCUUCUCCUGGAUUUGAUCUACUUCUCGGUUCCUCUUCCUCAUGGAGAGUUUGGAGAAGCAGCUCAUCUGUCCCAUCUGUCUGGAGAUCUUCAGCAAGCCGGUGGUCAUCCUGCCAUGUCAACACAACCUGUGCCGGAAGUGUGCCAACGACGUCUUUCAGGCAUCCAAUCCCUAUCUGUCCACGAGGAGCGGAUCCACCGUGACGUCCGGCGGGCGGUUCCGCUGCCCCUCCUGCCGACAUGAGGUGGUGCUGGAUCGCCACGGAGUCUACGGGCUACAGAGGAACCUGCUGGUGGAGAACAUCAUUGACAUGUACAAGCAGGGGAGCACCAGCAGACCGGCCCCUGAGGAGAAGCAGGAGCAGCCGAUGUGUGAGACCCAUGAAGAGGAGAAGAUCAACAUCUACUGUGUCACCUGCAGUGUUCCCACCUGUUCUCUGUGUAAAGUGUUCGGAGCCCACAAAGACUGUGAGGUCGCGCCGCUGGACAACGUCUUCCACAAGCAGAAGGCUGAGCUCACUGACUGUAUCUCCAUGCUGGUUGGUAACAAUGAGAGGACUCAGCUUGUCAUCAUUCAGCUGGAGGAAACCUGCACAACUGUCAACGAGAACGGUCGGCGGCAGAAGUCGAAGGUGUGCGAGACGUUCGACCACCUGUUCGCUCUGCUGGAGGAGAAGAAAGGCGAGAUGACGCUGAGGAUCAGCUCUGAACAGGAGGAGAAGCUGGACUACCUGAGAGGUCUGAGGCGGAGGUACAGCGAACACCUAGAGAGCACCGCCAAGCUGCUUGAGACCGCCAUCCAGGCCAUGGACGAGUCUGAGAUGGCCGUGUUCCUGCAGACGACCAAACCUCUGCUGCACAAGAUCGUGGAGGGAACAAACACGUCUCACAUCGAUGAAGUCCAACAUGGCUACGAGAACAUGGAGCACUUCACCGCCGACUUUGAGCUCCAGAGAAGAGCGCUGAUGAAGGUUGACUUCACCACACAUGAUCAAGAGGAUGUCGAUGAAGAAGCAGUGGAGGGUCGAGGGAGGCGCUCAGCCAAUCCGCAGCCUCCUCUGUCUCCUGGGCAGCCCACGGCGGUCCAGCUCUCAGCCACCCCCCCUCAGAGACGCUCCGAGACUCCACCCACCAUGACGCCAAUGACAAAACAACCAGCCUCGUCCGCGAUCCAAGCCACGCCCCCUCUGCCCAUCCCCUCCAUAAGCGCCGCCCAAUCUGAUCAGCAUGAGGAGGAGGAUGGAGACGAUACCAAGCACGUCUUCUCCUUCAGUUGGCUCAACCAGAAGUAAAACCAGGACCCAUCGGCCUGCAGUCCUUUAUUAUCUUGUAUCAGUGGCGGCCAUAGAGGCCCAAGUUCUUUCUUUGUUAUUAUAUUAAAGAUGCAUUUUACAAAUGGUCA